GGCAUGGAUCAUGGAGGCGGAGGGUUUAUGUCGCACCACUUGUCUCUCUUUCUCCCCUCUUCCCUCUCCCCUCCUCUCUCCGCUCCCUAAGCCCCUUAUAUCCAACCUAACCACAUCUUCUAUUUUCCUUUCGGUCAGUCAGAAAUCCUUAGGAGGCUCGGCACGACCGCCACGAUGGGAGCGUACAAGUACGUGUCGGAGCUAUGGAAGAAGAAGCAGUCGGACGUGAUGCGCUUUCUGCUGCGCGUGCGCUGCUGGGAGUACCGCCAGCUGCCCUCCAUCAUCCGCGUCUCGCGCCCCACACGCCCUGACAAGGCGCGCCGCCUCGGCUACAAGGCCAAACAGGGCUACGUGGUGUACCGCGUGAGGGUGCGUCGCGGAGGUCGCAAGAAGCCCGUCGCCAAGGGUAUCGUGUACGGCAAGCCGAAGAGCCAGGGCGUGACGCAGCUCAAGUUCCAGCGCAACAAGCGCGCCGUCGCGGAGGAGCGCGCCGGCCGCAGGCUCGGUGGACUGCGCGUGCUCAACUCGUACUGGGUCAACCAGGACUCGGCGUUCAAGUACUUUGAGGUGAUCCUGGUGGACCCGCACCACCAGGCCAUCCGCAACGACGCGCACAUCAACUGGCUCUGCCGCCCCGUCAUGAAGCACCGCGAGCUGCGCGGGCUCACCUCGGCCGGGCGGCACCACCGCGGGCUGCUGCGCAAGGGCCACAAGAGCACCAAGAACCGCCCCUCCGUGCGCGCCUUCUGGAAGCGCAACACCAUGCUCUCGCUGCGCCGCUACCGGUAGGCGGGCGAGGCAGGCCGUGGGGGGAAGGGCAGGGCGUGGGGCACAAUGGAGCUGCAGAGCGGUUGCAUCGAAUGGCGAUCAGGAAGUGUGCAGUCGGUGGCACGAAGGGCAAAAACCUAUUAAGCUGCUGCUGGAUUGGAUUGUUCUUCUGGUUACGAAUUGCAUGUUAUGAAGUAAAUCUCCAAAUGACGGUUUGUACUGUAGUGACUGAAGUGGCUGGCCAAUGGCCGAUACAGAGUCAGCAGCUGAGGACAUGAGUACGCCAGAAGAGUCUUAAAGCAUCAUCUAAAAAGGCAAACCAGGGCUCUUGAAACUACCGGUAACUGUUUUUUUCUUUGGGCCAGACGAAAUAUUCCAAUCAGGGCUCAAAAUUGUUUAGGGGCACCCUUAGUAAUCAGUGUACCGAAAACAAAUUACCCUAUCUCUU